AUGAAACGUUUGAUAGUUUGGUUGAUUACAAUACACUUGGUAAGGUCGUUACAGUAUAUUUGUAAUAACAAUGAUCAUUUAAUUUUGAAAAGCUCGAUACAAACUGAUAAUUUUUAUCCGAUAACUUUAAGUGGAGAUUCAGAUAUCCCUAUCACUUUAGGCGUUAAUAAUUAUAUUUAUGAAGAACUGUCGACGUUAUAUCACGAAAUCGAUGUGAAGGUGAUAAAGUCACCAUUUCAAGGACUUUAUAUAGCUUAUCCAGCUAUAGUUCCCCAGGAGGGAUUUUACGAGAAUAGGUUCAGAGAUAAUUUAGGUGAAUUGUUUCGAAUAAGGUAUUCAACUCCGAGGAAUGUUAGUUGUUUAUCAACCAAUUUGAUUCAAUUCAAGAUGAUUUUUGCUGAUGAACAAGAUAACUUAUAUAACUAUUACUUUGGAAAUUGUAAUGGUAAUGAGGUUUCGUACGAUUCUGAAUUUAAUGCUUCAUAUUGUAUUAAUCAUGAAUUUAUAUGUUAUGAUCAAGCUAAGAAUCGUUGUGAUCAAGCUGAUUAUGGGAUAGCUUUGGAACAAGCUUUACUUAAUGGAAUGAGUUUGGAAGAUAAUUCAAUAUCUAUAACCGGUUAUUAUCCCACCACCUCCUUGUCAUGUUUUAAUAAUCAACCAUGUACAUUGACAAAAUAUUCCACUUAUAGUUCUAUAAGUUCAAACACCAUGAAAGUGAUUUCCAAUGAAAUUAUACCUCAAUCAGACAAUUAUUUACCAGUUACUAGUCUUUUAACAACUAAUUAUACACCCGAGGCAAAGGCUUGUAACUUAACACCACCAUUUCACUUCUUUUUAUUUUUUUUAUACUAUUUAGGCUACUGA